AUGGCGGCAUCCCUGUUUGCCCUCCGCGGCGGGCGCCAGCUUGCUCUGCGGUCGCGUGUUCGCGUGCCCUCAAUUGCCCGAGCUUCAUUGUCGCCAUUGAACACUCGGAGAGCAGUGCACAACUUACAGUCCACACCCCGUCGUAGUGUGUAUACUAGCUCCGUGACCGACCAUGGCGACCCCCACCCCCAAGAUAUCUUCCAGCCCCUCGAUACCUUCCCCCGACGCCACAUUGGCCCCUCCCCAGACGCCGCAGCACAGAUGCUCGCAGUGCUUGAUCCACCAGUGGCAUCUUUGGACGAUUUCGUGAAGCAGGUCCUGCCCGAGGAUAUUCUCUCCAAGAAGAACCUCAAGGUCAGCGAGCCAAACGCCGAUAUCAGCCUGUACCGCUCAAGUGUGCAGGGUGGGUUGGGUGAAACCGAUAUGCUCAAGCUUCUGGACACAUACCGCAAGCAGAUUGAUGUGUCUGGCAAGACCUAUAUCGGAACCGGCUACUAUCCUACCAUUGUGCCUCCUGUUAUCCAGCGCAAUGUUCUCGAGAACCCUGCCUGGUACACCAGCUACACUCCCUACCAGCCCGAGAUCAGCCAGGGUCGCCUGGAGUCUCUGCUGAACUUCCAGACUCUGACUGCUGAUUUGACCGGCAUGCCCUUCGCCAAUGCCUCAGUGUUGGAUGAGGCCACCGCCGCCGCCGAGGCCAUGACCAUGUCUUACGCCACCAUGCCAACUUCCAAGCAGAAGAAGGCCGACAAGUCCUUCGUUGUGUCUCACCUUUGCCACCCUCAGACCAUUGCCGUUAUGCAAUCCCGCGCCGAAGGAUUCGGAAUCAACCUCGUGAUUGGAGAUAUCUUGGCCGAUGACUUUAAGAUCGUCAAGGAACAGAAGGACCACUUGAUUGGUGUCCUUGCUCAGUACCCCGAUACCGAAGGUGGUAUCUUCGACUUCCAGGCUCUGAGUGAUUCCAUCCACAGCCAGGGUGGCACUUUCAGCGUGGCCACUGACCUGCUGGCUUUGACCGUGCUGAAGGCCCCCGGCGAGUUUGGUGCCGAUAUCGCCUUCGGUAGCGCCCAGCGUCUGGGUGUCCCUAUGGGCUUCGGUGGCCCCCACGCCGCUUUCUUCGCUUGUGCUGACAAGUACAAGCGCAAGGUGCCUGGUCGUGUUGUUGGUGUGUCCAAGGAUCGUCUCGGUAACCGCGCUCUGCGUCUGGCGCUGCAGACUCGUGAGCAGCACAUUCGCCGCGAGAAGGCUACUAGCAACAUUUGCACUGCUCAGGCCUUGCUUGCAAACAUGACUGCCAUGUACGCUAUCUACCACGGUCCUGUUGGUCUCAAGUCCAUCGCCCAGCGUAUCAUGUCCAUGACUUCGCUCCUGCGCGAGAAGCUUGUCAGCUUGGGAUACAAUGUCCCUCUGCGCUCCAACACCACCGAUGGCGGUGCUGUAUUUGAUACUCUGGCCAUUGAGCUUCCUACUGCUGCCGAGGCUGAUGCUAUUGUGGCCGAAGCUCGCGCUGCCAAUGUCUUCCUCCGCCGACUUGGCGGAAACAAGGUCGGCCUUUCUCUUGAUGAGACUGUUGGUCGCGACGAGGUGAAGGGCAUUUUGAAUGUGUUUGCUGCUCACAACAAGUCCACAUCUGCCAUUGAGGUUGAUGGCACUCUGGCCUUGAGCGUACCUCCCCCCUACCUGACCCACCCGGUCUUCAACACCUACCACUCCGAGACCGAGAUGCUCCGUUACAUCCACCACCUCGAGUCGAAGGAUCUGUCCCUGGCCCACUCCAUGAUUCCCCUUGGAUCCUGCACCAUGAAGCUCAACGCUACCACGGAAAUGAUCCCCAUCUCUUGGCCCGAGUUCUCCCAGAUCCACCCCUUCAUGCCCGCCGAGCAGGCCAAGGGUUACACUCAGAUGAUCGAUGACCUUGAGCAGCAGCUUGCUGAUAUCACUGGUAUGGCCGAAGUCACUGUGCAGCCCAACUCUGGUGCCCAGGGUGAGUUCGCCGGUCUCCGUGUUAUCAAGAAGUACUUCGAGGGCAAGGGCGAUGCCAAGCGCAACCUGUGCUUGAUUCCUGUCUCCGCCCACGGUACCAACCCUGCUAGUGCCGCUAUGGCUGGUAUGCGCGUUGUGACCAUCAAGUGCGAUACCAAGACUGGUAACCUCGACCUCGAUGACCUCAAGGCCAAGUGUGAGAAGCACAAGGACGAGCUCGCUGCGUUCAUGAUCACCUACCCCAGUACCUUCGGUGUGUUCGAGCCUGGUGCCAAGGAGGCCUGUCGCCUGGUGCACGAGCACGGUGGCCAGGUCUACAUGGACGGCGCCAACAUGAACGCCCAGAUCGGUCUUUGCUCUCCCGGUGAGAUCGGUGCCGACGUGUGCCACCUGAACCUGCACAAGACCUUCUGUAUCCCCCACGGUGGUGGUGGUCCCGGUGUCGGACCCAUUGGUGUGGCUGAGCACCUGCGUCCCUUCCUGCCCUCGCACCCUACCAGUGAGUACCUGCAGUCGAAGCGUGGCACCACCUCUUCUCCUCCCAUCUCUGCCGCUCCCUGGGGCAGUGCCAGCAUUUUGCCCAUCACCUUCAACUACAUCAACAUGAUGGGCGAACGUGGUCUGACCCACGCCACCAAAAUCACUUUGCUCAACGCAAACUACAUCCUCUCCCGCCUCAAGCCCCACUACCCCAUCUUGUACACCAACGACCACGGUCGCUGCGCACACGAGUUCAUCCUCGACGUCCGCGGCUUCAAGGAGACCUCCGGCGUCGAGGCCAUCGACAUCGCCAAGCGUCUCCAGGACUACGGCUUCCACGCCCCGACCAUGUCCUGGCCCGUGGCCAACACCCUCAUGAUUGAGCCCACCGAGUCCGAGAACAAGGCCGAGCUGGACCGCUUCUGCGACGCCCUGAUCUCCAUCCGCGAGGAGAUCAGCCAGAUCGAGUCCGGUGCCCAGCCUCGCGAGGGUAACGUGCUGAAGAUGUCCCCCCACACUCAGCGCGACCUGCUCGUUGCCGAGUGGGACCGCCCUUACACCCGUGAGCAGGCCGCUUACCCUCUCCCCUUGCUGUUGGAGAAGAAGUUCUGGCCCACGGUGACUCGUGUUGAUGAUGCUUUCGGUGACCAGAACUUGUUCUGCACUUGCGGCCCUGUCGAGGAGACCGAAUAG